CGCCUUAGCCCAAGCAACGUACACGUACUCACAAUGAAAAUCCCCAAAACUCCGCUCCUCGCCCUCCUCUCUCUCAUCCCUCUCACCCUCUCAGAACUGCAAGAAGCUGAAGUCAAUGGGAUGUUCGUGUUCGGGAGCUCUUUGGUUGAUAAUGGCAACAACAACUUCCUCAAGAACGCAACAACGAAGGCAAACUUUCACCCAUACGGCGUAGAUUUCCCUUUGGGCCCAUCCGGUAGGUUCUCCAACGGGAGGAACGCCAUUGAUGUUCUCGGUGGGCUACUCAAGCUUCCAAGGCUCAUUCCACCCUUCACCGACCCGAGAACAAGAGGGGCUAGAGUUGUUCAUGGGGUUAACUUUGCCUCUGGGGGUUCAGGGAUUUUGGACCAGACUGGGUCUUUUCGGGGGGAGGUAAUGAGCUUGAGCCAACAAAUCAGGGACUUCAAGGUUACCACGUUGCCUCAACUGAGGACUCAACUAAGAUGCGUCCACAGUCCAAGAUUAUUUGAGGACCACCUCUCAAAUUACCUAUUUGUGGUAGGAACCGGAGGAAAUGACUACCUACAGUAUUUCGUCUCCAAGGAGAAGGAUAAAGUUACAGUGCCCGUGUUUACUGAGAGCCUCAUCUCGACGUUGUCACGCCAGCUCAAGUCCUUGGUGCAAAUUAAAGGAAAGGCAUGGCUCAAGAUUAAAACAGUAAGUUUGAUCAUUGAAGCUUCGCAACUCCCAAGACUAAUAUUGUUGAACUUUUUCACCAACGAGGCAGCGCUUCUCUGCAACUCUCAUCUCAAGUCUCUUGCAAGAAGCUCAAAUGAUCAAAUGCCCGAUUCUAAAAUGGUCUUUGUUGAUUCUUACAAGAUCAUCAGAGAUAUAAUUGAUAACCCCGUCGAUAAUGGAUUCUCCGACACGAGCAAACCUUGCUGUGAAGUGUCAACACCCGCAGAAGGUGGAAACGGUGUCCUCUGCAAGAGAAACGGGCGCGCGUGCGAGAAUCGUAGAGGACACGUGUACUUCGAUGGCCUUCAUCCGACGGAAGCCGUGAACGUGAGGAUAGCACGUAAAGCUUACGAUGGUUCAGAUGUUGAGGAAGCUUAUCCCACAAAUGUGAAGAAAUUAGCUAGGCUGUAGAUUUACCAGUGUUUCCAAAGCUUUUUGUUAAUUUAUAGCUCUUAUUUGCGUUUUGAUGCAAUCACAUGCAACUAAGAUUGCGUUUGUGUUAGAAGGAAGUUUGGGAUUAUUAGUUUAUGCAAUUGCAAUGUCUGUACCAAAGGUGUUCGUAUAUAUAUAUAUUUUAGAUCAUUCGACCGCGCA